UAACCUCACAAGUUUUAUUUCUUGAACAAGUAAUGUAUGUUUAGUAAUGUAAACUCAGUUAACUGUUAUCGUGUGUUAAAAAUUGUGAAAUUUGAAUAUGGCUAAGUUUGGAAGUUAUUUUGGGCUCUGUCCACUAAUUGAUCAAAAAAGCCUUUUAGGCAUUUCUGAAGAUUUUGAAAAAGAACAUGUUAUAGUAACAUUGGGUAAGAAUAUCGCCAUGAAAUACAGAUUACUGGACCAGAAUCAAAUAAUAAGUUGGACUACUAAAGAAAAAUUCACUUCACCAGUAAUUUUCGAUGCGAAAAUUGGAAAGUAUGUUGCAGUAUUCAAUCAUUUAUUCAUUAGAUGUUGGGAAUCUGAUACUUCAAAUUUGGACCGAGUUAAGAAAUUCAAAUUAAAAUCUGCUGUAGAAACAAUUAUAGUAAUAAAUGAGACGACUAUAGUGAUAUUCAAAUCAGGAGAUAUGGUAAGUCUGGAAUAUGCACUUGCUAAUCAUAAAACUCUAAUGCCAGAAGAAAUCUUGGAUGUAAAUGAAGAAUAUAUUGUGGAUAAUAUGUUCUGUACAUUGAGAGGAGACAAAUAUGUUGGACUAUUAAUAGGAAAUUCUAAUACCAAGAGAGUGAGCUAUUUAUUGUGGAGAAGUUUCGACAGUAAGGGAAAUAAAUCAAUGUUUUCAAAAUAUCCAUUGAGAAGAAAUCACCAAUUAGUGGGAAGUUGCUUCCAAUUAUUUGAUCAAAAAAUUCAAUUCCUCACACUAUGGUCAGAUGGAAAAUUAUAUAGAAAUUCCAUAGAAGAUAACUGUCAGGAGCACAGUGAAUUUUUUUGUACUAUCAAAUCUAUAUCUUGUAGAUACCCACUAUCAAUGGUUAGUCUAGAUAGGGAUUACCUUGCAAUAUAUGGAGGUAAUAGUAAUCAAGAAGGGGCUCUUUUACUGAUAUACAAUAUGCAAUUUAAAGUUACUCAGUGUACACAACCAUUCAAACUGGAAGCCAUGGGUGUUAAAUUAUUUAAAAUAUAUGAAAAACUUUUAGUACCAGUUGGACAAAAUUUAGCAGUUGUUCCAUACUAUUUAGAAAACGAACAGUUAUCUGCCCUUGUAGGAAGUCACUCUGGAAGUCAAAAUAAUGAAGAAGAUAUUUUGAUUACUCAACAGCUAGAGGAAGUGAAUUGGACUGGAAACAAUGAAAUAAAAAAGAAGAAAAGUAAAAACUAUUCUAUAAUUGAAGAAUAUUUAUCUCAAGGAUGUCCAGAAUCUACUAUAUUUCAAGAGCUUCUACCUGUGUUUAUGGAAAAAACCAAUAUUGAGGGACUAAACCUUCUGCUCCAAGAUUUUAUUGAUAUACCAGAAAGUUGUCAUGCUAAAGUACUAAGGUACAUUUUGGAAUUACCUGGAUAUGCUUUUAAAAACACCAAAUUAGUGUUAAAUGAAGUUUAUCCUGAAGAGUUACAACCCAAUGAAAGGUAUAAAACAUUGAAACUUAUCCUCGAAAAACCAAUCAAAGAAAUUAAUAAUAUAUAUUGGAGAUUAGAAGUGACAAAUAUACUGAAAUUGUUGAAGUUUAUAUUAUAUUUGUUGAAGGAUGAUAAAAAUAUCACAGAUAUUGAUUUUUGUAUGAAACUGGUUAAAUGGGUGAACUUGAUAUUAUCUGCAAAUUGCCAAAUAUUUUUUUCCUCAAGAGAUGAAGAACUGAUGAAAAUAUUAGUUUCUUUCAAUGAAUUCAUUAAUUCAGGAAAUUCAAAUUCAGAAUUUUUAUAUGCAGAGCAGGUUAUGAAAAAAAAGAAAACUACUAGGCCUUCUAACUGUAAUUAUUUAAUUGAAAAACUUGAAAUAUGAUUAUGUAUUAUAUUUAAAAUAUUAAAUAGUUUCAAUUGUU